AUGGAAUGUCCAUUAUGUUCUUCUCCCAUGAAGCAGCACUUGCUACAACCAUCUUUGGCACUAAUACUGUGUUCGUCAGAGUCUUGUGUAUAUCCGUUUAACUUGACGAUGGCCCAGCUACAAGAGAACAAUUUACUCAUACCAGACGUUAAGGAAUCUGAUAUAAUGAAAGGCAUGCUUACCAAAAUGGUUAAUGAAUCACAGGUGAAUGAAAAAAUUGCCCAGUUCAUUGCCAAGAACGAUGACGAAUAA